AUGCCUCCAACGGCGGGUCCGGCGAGACAGCUUUUAGGUCGUAUGGUACAGCAUAUGGCAGCGAUCCAGUCACGCCCAGGCUCCCAGACUCGGUUCCCACUGUGCUCCAUGACUAAGCAUAUCAUGGCACUCGCGCUUAUACGCCUGCUAUACGACCACGGCCUCAACGAGAACACCCCAAUUCGUCAGAUUCUACCUCGAUUCAGGCUCACAAACGAGGCAGAUGGCACGACGACCGUUACUUUUGCUCAUUUAUUGAGCCAUACUACCGGUAUCGACGCAGACAGCGGUAUGUGGAGUGAGAUAGAGGCGAGGAAGGUUGACCUCUACGACUACCUUGCCGGGGUCGAAUGCCCGAAUUCUCCUGGAGCGCGAUGGAGAUACGCCAACAUCAUGUAUGACCUGUGCGUCCCGGCUAUCGAGGCACUCGCCGAAGAGACUGUCGAGGCCUACUUGGGUCGAAUCUUCUUUGGGCCCCUCGGUAUGACAGCCACUAGCUUCAGGGGUGAAGGAGGCGAGGAUGCCGCGGAGGGACACGUGAGGGGAGAUGGGGCUGAAAGCGGGGGCGAUCUGGCGCCGAAGCCACUGGUGAUACAUUACGGGGCCGACUUUGGCCUGCGAUCCCUCGAAAACCCAAUCGCAUGGAAAGGAUCAGCUGGAUUGGCAAAAUGGCUGGCGUACCUGCCUACAGACCCCUUCUACUCUCUCAUCGCCAAGCCUCAGAUCAGCGCUGGCGAUCCAGAUCGACCAGGCAACUCUAUCAUCGACAAGCCCGAGGAGUAUGGGAUGGGACUUUUCAGUGGGUCUUGUCGCGGAGCCGCCUAUGUUGAGCAUUACGCUUCGAUACCCGGUUUCACUGGAUCCAUGAUCUACUUCCCUUCCCUCGGUAUUUCAUUGGUCAAUAUGUGCAAUAGCAAAGAAGGGCGAGAGAUGGGUUAUCUGAUCAUAGGGACUUUGAUCAGUAGGAUCAUGGGUGAGGACCUGGAGCCGGUCAUCAAGUCGAGAAUGAAACGGGAGAGAGACCUCCGCAUCAUGAGAGAGAUCUCUGGGUUCAAUUCCAUCGAAGGGAGUCCACCUAGCCCCGCCUGCAAUAUCGUCGGAUCCUACUUUGGAAGAGGUAUCGGCAAGCUCACGUUCGCCACCGGCGACAAUGUCAAGAUUCGACCUCGCUGCGUCGACCUACCAUGGCUCUGCUGGCUCUAUGGGGACAUCCGCCCUCUUGUUACUUAUCUCGAAGAUGGGAAGUACGCCGGCUGUCUCGAGUAUAGCGCAUGGUCGAGGGAAGGCGAGGAGGCUGGACCGGCCAAGUACGGCUACCCGUUCCGGCUGGAGAAGGUGACGGGAAGCGAUUCGCUUCACGUUUCCCAGAUCUAUGAGGGCGGGCCAUUCCUGCUAUCUCCCACCUCAUAG